CGGUUUUGCAAGAUUUCGCAGCACGAUAAGGUAUGUUAUUUGUAAUGUAUAUUUCCGGCUUGUACCCUGCUGUGUGUAUGUGUGCACAGUCCCUGGGCUCUCCCUCAGUGAGUUUGUGGACCCUGUUUACACUGUAUCCACCUUCGCGCAUGUAUGUGCUUUCAGCUCGCCUCAUUGCUUCACCGACACUGAUCUCCAAACCACGCUCCAGGUUGAUAUCGCAGUAUUCUUGUGUAACUGAUGCCCAGUAACACGCUGUGACUUUCACCCUUAUACGGACUGCGCCAUGUCAGGGCAAGGAGUUAAGGACAUCCUGAAGAAAGGCUGGCAUCCCGAGAAGGAAGGAACGUCUCUCAAGGGGCAGGUGAAAAGCCUGAUUGGCAAAGGCGACGAUACCCGACGGAACGCCAACCACGUUGCCCCUCCCCUCUCCUCCUUGCGCGACCCAUCCAGCUUUGCGCCCCCGCCAAAGCGUAGUCCCAAUGCAGCCGUCAGUCCAACAGCUUCCGCCCGCUCAUCACCAGCACCCCAGACCGGCCCAACCCUGCCCCCACGAACAGGAGCGGGAGCAGCAGCGGCGGCGGCGCCAGCAGCAGACGAGCCACCCUCUCCGCCGAAGCCAUGGCGCCUCGACACAACCGGCCUCUCCACGGCACAUCUGCCGCCGCCCCCAGGACGAAAAGACGCGGCUGACGGCCGCACACCACCACCACCACCACCCACAGGCCACGGAGGUAGACCUGCUCCUCCAAGCCUCCCCCCACGCCUCCCGCCACGAUCCUCAGCCUCCACCAGCACCUCGCCGACAGUGACAGCGUCGCCCUCCCGCUCCGCAUCCCCGGCGCUACCUGCCCGGCCGCCUCCCCCUCCCGCACCAAGCCAAAGCUACCUGAACCAAUCAGCCAUCAACCGGCUCGGCGCAAGGGGCAUCUCGGUUCCCGGCCUCGGGAUCGGUUCCACUACUAACACGCCUUCCAACUCACCACAACCGCUGCCAGCAGCUCCCGCGCCGGCGGCAGCACGCGGACCUCCCUCCUCCGGACUCGGGACUGGGGCUGGAACGGCGGUGAGCGAGCUCCAGUCGCGCUUUGCGCAGCUUAGACCGCCUUCCUCGACUGCGUCUGGGUCUGGGCCAGGGCUGGAAGCGAAGAAGAAACCGCCGCCGCCGCCGCCUCCGAAGAAGAAGGCCGGUUUGGCUGUUGGUAUGGGUAGUACGCCACAGGCACAGGGAUAUGGUAAUGGGAAUGGGGACAAUAAGGAAGCUGGUGAACCGUCCCCGCCGCCUAUUCCUUUGGCUACGAGGCCCCGGUUCUGAGGGUGCGUGCGAAGGAGAAUAAAAGAGGAUUGUCACAUUUGAUGAUGCGGGUCGUGUUGCGAGAUGCCAUUUGCAUUGAGCUCAUGGGCUACCUAACCAUGGACGAUGAUGUG